UCCGCCCUAUUUCCUUAUUGCAAAUGUUAGCGAAGUCGUCUGACAACAUUCUGAACUUUUUCUACAGCUUUGGUUUAGGGUAGCCUACAUUGCUUUGUUAAUAUCAGGUUCCUCGCUGCAACAUCGAAGUUGAACAUUUUGAACAAGGAACAAUUACGCGAAUAUAUUGUGGUCACUUGAGGUGACAAGACUUGAAGAAGUUCAGUGGAAAAGUUCAGUGGAAGUAAUAGGUGGUUUUCACACUCCUUAUACAAUUUCAUUAAAGGAAUGGCACAUUCAAGGAAAAAAACGAAAGAAGAUGAUGAUGAUCUGCGAGGAGCUACUGGGGGCGAAGAUGUCAUAGACGACCAAAUAAUUGAGCAAGGAGCAGUAGUAUUAAGAGGAUAUGUGAUAGAAAGGAUUCAGACAGAAAAUCCUGAUGUACACGUCAGCCAUGAGAUCCUGGGGGGCACUCCUUGUGAGGGAGAUGAUCCUCAAGUGAAAGAAGUGGUGGGCCAGCUGCUCAAAAUAGCUGAUGACCUUAAUCGCAAUGCUGAACUUCAACACCUCAUUAAUACUGUGCAGGCUAACUGUGCCCAGGAUGUGUUUGUCACAGUAGCCAGAAGCAUCUUCUCAGAUGGGAUCAACUGGGGGAGAGUGGUAGCACUAUUUCACCUGGCCUAUAAGCUCAUUUUCAAGGCUUUGACUCAAAACCACUUUGAAAUCAUUCGCCAUAUCAUUAGCUGGGUACUCCAGUUUAUCAGGGAAAACAUUUCAUCUUGGAUCCGCCAGCAGGGAGGAUGGGAGGGUGUUAUCCAUGGUGUAUCAAGAUGGCGUUCGGUCUCCUUGUUGUUUGCUGUGGCUUUUAUCACAGCUGUGGUGUAUUGGAGGAGAACUCGCUGAAUUCAAGGAGUACUUCAGCUUGUCAGAGUCAAAGUCCUAAGAGGAGAAGAUGGCACUGGAAACGUCAAACUUGCCCUGAUGCAGGAAACCUUGUCCUUCAUUUGAUACUGAAGAGUAUUUAUUUUAUAUUGUGUUCAUUCAGUGUGAUGAUUCAGAGGGAUAUGUGAUACCAGCAGAGGUUAAUUAACAUGGCUUGAUUUGAACUGUUUCCAUAGACUGUCCAUUUCAUUUUAUUUUAUUUUUUACACUGUACAUAUGAAUAUUCAGUUUCUGUUUUGUGAACCAGUGGUAAAUGGUAAUUGAAUUACAGGGACUUUAAGUUAUUUAAUAGGUCAUAAAUACAAAUAUACUGGUGCCUUAUCCAUGCAUUUAUAUAAGGAGUAAAAUAUAAAAAUACAACAUUCCAUACAAGUGGUGCAAAAUAGGAGGAAUGCUUUAGAUUACAAUGUUUCCACCAUGGAAACCUGAAGAGGAGAGAGGAUGUAGUAACAGUAAAGAUAUAGAUACAUAGAUCGCCUCGUCAUGAGGAAACUCUGGACUUUUGCCCGUAUGACACAAGUAGGCUAUAUAAUGACUCAAUAAAGUUGUACAGUGAAAUAUGUUCUGAAAUAUGAAAUGUAUGGUAUGUGCAAUGUUUUCAGCUGGGGUUAAUUAUGUGUUAAAUAAAUAGUGAUUUGGACAUUUAAAAACAGUUAAAUAAAGGAAUUGUUUAAACCA